AUGGCGCCUGGCUAUGACGUCGAUCAUGACGGUCCGCCCUACUCUCGCUCCGGGAAUGGAAACGCUGCAAAGUCAGUUCCCACAGGGCCCAUCGACGACGAGCUCUUCACGCGAGUCCUGCCACGGGUAGACACCACGGCCAUCGAGACGGCGCGCAUCGCCAUUGGCCAAGACUCUGAAGACAGCGAUGAAGAACAUUCACGUCCUCAGUUCCGGCGGUCUCUAUCGGAGUCUAGUCUGAUGCUAGGAGGAACCGGAAAGGACUCCGAUGGACUCCGGGAUACCGCCUUAGGAAGACAAGAAAGAAAUGGGACAACGGGGGCAAACGGAAAAUCUCAUUCAGCGAGAGACAGCACAGAACUCAGUCGCCCUUCCCGUCCUCUGUCUCGGACAGACAUCGUAUCCCGGGAUUACUCACCAUCACGGCGGCUUUACACCAAGUCUGACAGGGACACCGUAGCUGUGCCUCCACGCCAGUCUUCUCGUCCCGAUCGAGCUAGCAUUGACAGCCCCGACCGAGUGCUCAAGCGACACGAUUACAAUACGCCGCAGCGACCCCCGCGCGCCGAGGAGAUCGAGGCUGCAAAGAGACUCUUGGCACAAGUCGCAGAAGACGAGGAACUCUCCCAUCAGAGCAUGGUGCGAUCCUCCAGUGCUGUCCGCUCAGCAACACCUCCCCCGAUAGGAGGUCGACGACCGCACAGGAUCAUCUACGACGACUCUGAGGAAGAAGAGGACCAGCACCAAGACCGCGUCGACGAGGAAGAAGACCACGGAUACCACGACUACCACAAUGACACGCGCAAUGGGCACCGAAGCAUAGCAACGACCCCCGUCACUGCCAUCCACGUACCGACGGAAGACUCUCGGCCGCCGCCGGCGCAUAAUCGCCAGACCCGUGGCCGACCGACCACCUCGAGAACUACGUCGCGUCAAUCAUCUCAGCCACCUCCACGGUCUCGAGCAGCUGAAUCCCUCGCCGCACACAAGAGAGAGCUCAGGACGCCGGUGCUUGAUCAUCAUCGCUUAUACCUGGACGCCGAACCUCCACCAAUCAGCCAGAGACGCCCGCAUCAGAUGUCGCGCGCUGCUAGAAGGCAGACGUACAAUAAGCAGCAGUACUCCGAUAUGGAAGAGGAGGCUUUAGACUACAGUGUAAAGAACGGUCUCGGGGGCUCGACCCUGACGUCAGAUUAUCGACCGUCGACGGCGGCACGGAGGGCAAUGAGCGAUGAUUCUAUUUCGGUUUCGAGACAAUCAAUCUCGAAGCAAAGCAUCACAAGCAACGGGUCGUCGAACCGUACUGUUGAUUUCUUCGGACCUGGUAUCUUCCAGGUUGUUCUGCAUAACCCAACGACUGUGCAUCAAUUGCUGAAGUUCAGCGAAGCUCGUUUCUGCAGCGAGAGUGUCGAAUUUCUCAAAAAGGUUGAGCAAUACCAAACAGUUCUCAAUGACCUUGCAGGUAUUAUGACGAGCAUUCAUAAGGACUUCCUCGCCGACGACUCGUCAAAGCAGAUCAACGUCAACGGGGAAUUGAGAAAGUCCGUCCACGGUGACAUGAAGUCGUUGGUUACAAAGACACUUCCAUCCAUGGAAACACUGUUUACAGAUCUUCAGGAGAGCGUUGAACAGGAUGUCUUCUUGGAUAUCUAUCCUCGAUUUGUGCGCUAUCAGAUGGCACUCAGCGCGACGAGGGCAUUCCUCCAGGGAGCACAUACCGAUCGCGUUCCUGUCCGACGAUUAAAGAACGCUAUCGAUGAGCGCAAGGAGUCUGUUGAACUCAUCCUGAACUAUAAGAAGAACGGAGAUCCUUUCUGGAACUUGCUCUAUGUCGCUCCUCUCUACAAUGAAGCCGGGAAACUAGCCUUCUUCAUCGGCGGCCAGAUCAAUUGCUCAACGACGAUUCAUAGCAACGCGGAUGUGAUGAGAGUUCUGUCGACAUCUACCAAUGACGACGUACAAACCCAGGAUACCAAGGUACCACCGGCACCACUACAUCGCGCAGGUUCUCAACCUUCGGCUCGAAAAGCAUUCCUGAAAGCCCUCGGGAUGAAGGUCAGCGACGACCAUGCACCAAACGGGAUCGCCGCCGACCCGGGCAUGGAGAGCAAAUUGCUUCACAAGCUAGAAGGACGCGACUUGAGCGCUCAGAUGAAGGAGUUUUACACUGCUUAUUCGAAAUACCUGAUUGUCAGCUACGACUCUUUCAUAAUCAAAUUCUACUCCGAAGGUGUCCUGGAAAUGCUGCACCCCGCCAACAAUACAGUCGGCCUAGUCGCGGGCCAGGAGGUCUUCCGCUUCCUCAAGCAGAACAUGGUCAACCACCAGUCCGACUACAAGACGCGCGUACGCAACGCCCUUCGCACCGGAUCGCCCAUCAGCGUCGAGGUCCGACUACAGACUCGAAGGAGUGCGCUGUUCCGUGGCGACGAGAGGUUUGUCACGCACUGGACACCGUUGAAGGAUGAGAAGUCUCAGGUGCAUUGGGCAGUCGUCACUUUGGCGCCCGCGAUCGAGUAA